AUGGGCAGCGCUAAGGAGCCCGAGGGGCUGCAGGUGCUGAGCCUCCAGGCCAGGGCUGAGGACGCCUGUGAGCCCAGUGCCAGCUCCCCUGGCUGCCCAGCGGCAGGCGAGUGCCUGCCCGGCUCCGGCUGUGCUGCGGGAGCCCGUUCCAUGAGGACCUGCUGUGUGCCUGAGGCAGAGUCUCAGGGCACCAAGGCCAGCUCAGUGACAGAGAAGAAGGUGCCAUCACCAGCAGGACCAGCUCCUGGCACACUUCUCCAGGACACCAGCACAGAGCAGAGUGUGGCAGUAGCAACAGGGAGCUGCGAAGAACCAAGUGGUGCUGCCCCUGCCUGUGGUCCCACAGGGAUGGGGGUUCCCAACACCCAGAAGGAGGAUGCAGCCCCCACUUCCCCUGUGCCUGAUCCCUGCCUACAGGCAACCAGCAAGGACCUGGAGAACACACCAGCUCUUGCCAAACAUGUGGCAUUCGUGGAGCCCACUGCAAGCAUCGGGACAACUGAGCUUCCAAGCCAGGAGCAGCCCCAGGACAACAAAGGCACAUCCCUGGGUGCUGCUCCUCAGACAAAGAGCAGUGAGGCUCCCAAGAACCCCCAGGGAGGCACAGCUGAUCCCCCCAGCAGCAGCAAUGCGGGUACUGGGGGCCGAAGUGAGGCAGGACCAAGCUCCACUGCUGUGGGCCAGGGCAAAGCCAAGGGGAGCUCAGCCCGGGAUGUGGGUGCUGGGAGCAGCCAGCAGCCCCAAACAGCCAAGCAGCUCUGUGAAUCCUACUCCUUUGAAGUGAGCCCACUCCAGGACGCUGGGACACAAGACACGGGGACACAAGUGGACAGCCGUGUGUCCCUGGUGUCAGUGGCCUUAAGCCCCAUGAGCCCACCGUGUGGGGCUGCUGCCUUCACCUUCCCCAAGAGAGAGACAGCCCCUGCAGCCCCACGCCUCGAGCCCUCCAAGAAGGACGCGGAGAUGCAGGUGUCCAUGCCUGUGGAGACUCGCUCAGUGGCCACUGGGCCGAUGACACCAGUGGCCAAGUCCCCGCAGACCUCGUAUCCUGAGGUGCAGGUGAAGGGGACGGUGCCGGAGGUGGUGGAGGAGGAGCCUCCGGAGCCCAUCCGGGAGGUGAGCUGGGAUGAGAAGGGGAUGACGUGGGAGGUGUAUGGGGCCUCCAUGGAGGUGGAGGUCCUGGGCAUGGCCAUCCAAAAGCACCUGGAGAAGCAGAUUGAGGAACACGGGCGGCAGGUGGUGGUGACCCCGCAGACCACCCGCACUGGCUCCCUCAAGGGAGGGCCCCGCAAAGGCGAGGCCAAGAGGCAGCCCAGCGUCUUUCGGGCUCUGCUGCAGAACGUCCGGCGGCCCCGGUGCUGCUCCCGUGCUGGCCCUGCCAUGGAGUGA